GUGGUAAAUUGUUUUACUUUGAACUUUUGAUGAUGUUUACGUUUAGAUAGUAAUCUUUUGGAAAUGACAGAGUGACAAGGCUAAGUGAUGUUGUAGACAUCUUAUGAGUUAUAUAACAAUAUUUCAGUCUCUUUCGUACCAAAACUUGAGUUGGUGCUAGAAUUUCAUAUCGUGGUCAGUCAAAUCAAUGGACUUUUCUAAGUUCUCCGACGAUAAUUUCGAAGCAAAACAGUGGGUCAAUGCUGCUCUCAAACGCAAAGAUGAGAAAACAGAGCUGGAUGCACACGCCUCCGGACUUGUUAUGAAGUUGCAGUUGUUUAUACAAGAAGUCAACAAAACUUUAGAGGAAACCAGUACGCAAUCGUUAAACAACAUGCCAAGAGUUUUGAGAGAAAUUGAGGUGAUACGGCAGGAGGCGACAUUGUUGAAAGAGCAGAUGGGACUUGUUAAAGAUGAUAUUAAAGCUGUGGAACAAAAUACCUCAGAAUCUAUGAAAAUGUUAUUAGAUCUUGAUGAAGUUAAAUCAAGAAUACAAUCUGCAUCUCAUGCCUUGCAAGAGGCAGACAACUGGACUAUGCUUUCUGCUGAUCUCGACAAAGUAUUUAAAUCAGGAAAUUAUAAAGAGAUCAGUGAAAAACUUGUUGGAAUGCAUAGAAGUCUGGUUGUACUUCGAGAUGUUCCCGACUUUGAUGAAAGACACAAAUUACUAGAAGGACUCAAGAAUAAAUUAGAAGCACUUCUUAGUCCAAAAUUAGUAUCAGCUUUCAACAGCCAUUCUUUAGAUGAAAGUCGGGAAUAUUUCCAGAUAUUUAGUGACAUUGACAGACUUGAUCAGUUACAAAAUUACUAUGUUCGUUGUCACAAGAGCAAGCUUCUGCAGUUGUGGAAAGACGUGCAAGAUGAAGAUCCGAACAAAACAAUGCUUGAUUGGCUAUCGGUGUUCUAUAACAGUUUGCUGUCAACAUGGCACUCCGAGUUGAUGUGGUGUAGCCAGGUUUUUGGUAAUCCUGAUGCCGUCCUUUGCCUUUUGUUGACUCAAACUUUGAGCCAUUUAGAUCCUCCGUUUUCUGUUUGCCUUCGGGAUUAUGUUCAAAACCAUAAAUAUCCUCUACAAGAGUUGAUUGAUCUGAAACAAGUUACUUUGAGAUUCUCCAAAUCAUUACAAUCCUCAUUCAAUGAUCUUAAAGAAGACGACUUCAAAAGAGCUGAAGCAUUAGUUAAUGCUGUGUGCUCUCCAUACACACCAUAUCUUUUGGAUUACUGUGCUUUACAAACGGGCUUCCUGAAGGAGAACCUCAUUUCGGUUCCAUUGGAUACUGAUGGAUUUCUCGAGACUGUAGAUGUUCUCUCGGAGUCAGUUGGGAAAAUAUUUCAUUUCACAGAAAAUGCUGUGGAUAUUUGCUUCUCGUUCACCGAUGGCUUGGGGUCUUUUCAGCUGAUGCUUUCUAUUGAGGUCUUCUUCGCGUUGUACUUGGAAAAUAUAGAGGCUGCCGUGAAUAAGAUCAGAGGUAAUUUGAAUCUGGAUGAACAAUCUGAAACAGACGUGAAGGAAGAUUGGCAGAGCUUUCAGUAUUCAUCAAAGCUCAUACAAAUUUGUGGUGAUCUUCUGAUAAGAAUACAGGAUCUUCAAGCAAGUCUCUCGAAACGUGUUGUCAAUUCAUGUCAGAAAUGGCUGAAAAAAAAGAAAAAUCCCGAGAAGAAAACAGUUGCUGAUAUUUUCAACAUGCAUAAUUAUUUAGAAAAAGAAAAUCGUCUAGAAUUUGAAAGUUUAAUGGAGUUUAUCGAUUCAGUUAUGAACGGAUCAAAUAUAUUGAACGAAGUCGUGAAGCGAAUUGAGGAUAUUAACAAUAGCGUGCAUACCCUAGCGUUUGAAGUCGCCUUUCUUCCUUUAAAAUCCAAAAUAAAUACUGUGUCUUCUCUUCAGGUUUGGUGUAAAACGAAGUCCGAUCUUGGAGAUUCUCUCAGUGAUGAUAUCCCAGAAUUCAGUUUGUCGCCACAAGGCUACAUAACGGAGGUCGGUGAUUACCUUCUGACUUUACCUCAUCAACUCGAACUUUUCAUGAUCCAAGACAAUCCUGCUUUGGUCGCCGCCCUGAAUGUUGGAAAACUGAAAUUUUCGCGAGAUAUUAACGCAGAUCAAGAUCCUGCAUCCAGAUGGUUGAGUUGUAUUGCAAAUGCAACAAUGCAUACGUAUAUUGAGAGUAUACUAUGUAUUCCAGAAUUGACUGAAUUUGCGAGCAAACAGCUUGUAGCUGAUAUAGAGUAUUUGUUCAAUAUUCUGGAAGCUUUAGAAGUAAAACCAAGCGAAGUUCUAACAAACAUCAAUAAACUGUUGAAAAGCGAACAAGAAGAAUUUCACAUCUUGGCAGCAGAUUUAUGCGUAGAAGAUCGAGUAAAAAACGCCUUGAUCGGCAUGAGAAAUAAAUAACGACAUUCAGUUGAUAAGAAGAAAAAAAUAUCGCCGCUGAACUAUAAAUGUACACCUCAACUGAAUAGUUUCAAUAGUUAGCUGAUAGUUUGCUAGAAAAAUUAAAUAUACCUUCAUUAAAAGAGAAAAA